AAAACGUCCAUAUCCAUACUACGUAAGUUUCUUUAAGGCCACAAUUGCAUAUUUGCGGAAGUCAACACUUAUAGAUGACCUCAUAGGGGUUGACACUAAUGACAAUCUGGUAACGUUAUUUUGGGCUACUUCGAAUUCUACAACUAUUAAAUCAUGCUACCGCUGCUUUUCGUGAAAAGCAUUUGGCAACCCGCUGGGCGCUCUGUAACUCAAAGUGUCAUGGCUGCUUCCAGCAGUAACAGCAUCAACGUUAUUCAAGGAUCGGCGUGGUUUCAAAAGAAAAUAAAUUUGUUGUCUGUUAGUAGAGGAUGCCAUCUGAUAACGGAAGAAUUGGUCAAUCAAAUCCCAGAACUUGCCAGGUUUUCUGUUGGUGUUUUUCAUUUACAAAACUGGGACCAAAUCAUCGUUUAUCUGUCACAGCUUGAUAGUCCCAUUUUGAAAGUGCUUAGUCCCAACAUGCCUUCAUCACUGACAACAACAACACCUUUCAGACAUUCAUGUGAAGGACCUGAUGAUAUGCCUGCACACAUCAAAUCCUGUUUUCUGGGUUCUAGUCUAACUAUACCAAUUACAGAUGGGCAGCUAAACCUUGGAACUUGGCAAGGGAUUUGGCUUUGUGAACACAGAAAUCGAGCAGGUUCUCGGAAAGUGAUUGUGACAAUAAAUGGAGCUUUGAAAGAUUAAAAAUAAAUCUCUUGCUUGAAUCCUUCUCCAAUUGCUCACAUUUCAAAUACAGCAUAUGAAAUUUACUAUUUUCUCUUUUCUACAUUUAAUUUGAGUCAUGUUCUAAUUCCAAAUAUAAUUAGACGUAAAAAGUGAGAGAGAUAAAAAUUAAUGAUAAAUGAUUCAAAGUACAUAACAGAAUUACUUGCAGAUAGAAUUUUUUAUGGUCCAUUGCAUCAUUUAUCACAAUAAAAUAUUAUUUGAAGAUGAAUAUUUGCUGUUCUUUAAUAAAAUAUCCUACUUAUAAAUGAUUCAAAUGUAAUUUUUUUCUUAUUGAUGUUUGUAUAUUUAGUGUAACAUUUGAAAUAUAUUUGUGCUUUUUAACAUAAUAUAUUUAAAAAUAUGUGUAAUUUGAAAAUAAACACAAAAAUAACUGUAUUAUCUUAGUAUAUUCUUAUUGUACUCAAGAACACAGUCAUAAGCAGAGUCAAUCUUUCUUUACAGCUCUUUUAUUGACUAAAACUGUGUAAAUUACUUACAGUUUAUAAGAUCAACUCUGCUUGUAUUUAAUUGAGCUCUUGUUGUAUGAGAAAAAUAUACUAAGACAACUUCAAAUUAUUUGUGUUUCUCUUCAAAUUAUGUAUAUAUAUUUUAAGUAAUUUUCUGUCCAGAAUUUUUAUUGUUAAUAUAUUAAUUGAAAUAUGUUUCUUUGUUAGAAUUUACAAAAUGAAAAAAAAUCUUUAUUCAAACUGUUUGGCUACAAAUAGCGAUAAAAUUACAAAUACUGAUAAACUAAAUUUAACAGUGAUUAUUAUUUAUCAUUGUCAAU